AUGGAAGAUCCUACCGCAAGCAAUGUGACUCCGCCGGCGAAUUCUUCUCCUCAGCUGAAUCUAUCGCCGUCGAUGAAUACUCCGACGGUCUCGCUUGAGUCACGAAUCAAUCGUCUAAUCAAUGCCAACCAAUCCCAAUCCCCGUCGAGGUCUAUAUACUCUGAUAGAUUCAUACCCAGUAGAUCCGGAUCCAAUUUCGCGCUCUUCGAUCUCGCCCCGUCGCCGGGAAAAGACGGGAAAGAAGACGGGGCCGGCUCGUACGCGACUCUGCUGCGAGCGGCGAUGUUCGGACCCGAGACGCCGGAGAAAAGAGAUAUUACCGGGUUCUCGUCAUCGCGGAAUAUUUUCCGGUUUAAGACGGAGACGAAUCGGUCGCUGAAUUCGUUUUCGCCGUUUGCGUCCGAUGAAGCUCCCGGUGUCAGCCAUAGUCCGAUCAAAGCUCCGAGGAAGGUGUCGCGAUCGCCGUAUAAGGUACUGGACGCACCGGCUUUGCAAGAUGAUUUUUAUUUGAAUCUAGUAGAUUGGUCCGCGCAGAACGUUCUUGCAGUGGGACUAGGUAACUGUGUGUAUUUGUGGAAUGCUUGUAGCAGCAAGGUAACUAAGUUAUGUGAUCUCGGGACUGAUGAUAGUGUUUGCUCUGUGGGUUGGGCGUUCCGUGGAACUCAUCUGGCUGUUGGAACUAGUACCGGCAAAGUACAGAUAUGGGAUGCGUCGCGCUGCAAGAGAACAAGAACGAUGGAAGGUCAUCGUCUAAGAGUUGGAGCCUUGGCAUGGGGCUCAUCGGUUCUGUCAUCUGGAAGCAGAGACAAGAGCAUUCUUCAGAGAGACAUACGUUGUCAAGAAGAUCAUGUCAGUAAACUGGCUGGUCACAAAUCCGAGGUUUGCGGACUCAAGUGGUCUUACGACAACAGAGAGUUAGCAUCUGGUGGAAACGACAAUCGGCUAUUUGUAUGGAACCAACAUUCAACACAGCCGGUUUUGAAAUAUAGUGAACACACUGCAGCGGUUAAAGCCAUUGCUUGGUCUCCUCAUGUUCAUGGUCUUCUUGCUUCUGGUGGUGGUACUGCUGAUAGAUGCAUUCGUUUUUGGAAUACAACAACAAACACUCACUUAAGUUCCAUUGAUACUUGCAGUCAGGUUUGCAAUCUGGCUUGGUCUAAGAACGUAAACGAGCUGGUUAGCACUCACGGAUACUCCCAAAACCAAAUCAUUGUCUGGAAAUAUCCAACCAUGUCCAAAAUUGCAACACUGACUGGUCACACAUACCGUGUUCUGUACCUUGCGGUGUCACCUGAUGGACAGACGAUUGUAACCGGAGCAGGAGAUGAGACCUUAAGGUUCUGGAAUGUCUUCCCUUCACCAAAAUCUCAGAACACGGAUAGUGAAAUUGGGUCGUCAUUCUUUGGUAGAACAACAAUUCGGUGA